CUCAGUCUCUUCUUUGUGUCAUCCCCUGGCCCGUGCAACUCUUCACAGCCAAGCAAGUUUCAGCCUGACUCGAGCCACGAGCCACUGCGCUCCGAGCCACGCGAGCCACGCCCGAUGAUCCAUGACGUCGAACUGGGGAGCUCCGCCCACUGCGACGGUGAGGAGAGAAGAUCAGGGUCCACACGCCAAUGGACCUCUGGCCAUGGAGGCUGGGGAGGCCACACACGAGGCACCAGUUGAGAGGAGCCGGCUCGCGGAGUGGAAGCAGGCCUCAAAGGAAGGCUUGGCGGAUUUCUUCAGCGACUGGUUUGGGGCGCUGCGUUUGCACCACCGAAGUGAGGAGGAGUUGGUGUCCGUGAAGCCGCUCUCCUCGGUGCAGGCCGCGGAGGCGACCGUGCUGGGGAAGGCCUUGAGCCGGGCCGGCGAGGCACGGAAGGCCAAGUUUCAGGUGGUCCAAGACCCCAGCGGCGGCCGGCCAGGACCUCCGCGCGGCGGCGAGCCGCCGGUGAGCCGGACGCAGGUGGCGGACUAUGCGAGCGGAAGAGAGCUGCAAGGCAUGGGCUGGGGAGGCCCUCCCAUCAAGCGACCCAAGAGAAAGGUGCCAGAGGAGGACCACGAGAGCUUGCAGGAGAUGAUUGACUCUCACUACAACCACCAGGACACCGAGUUCUUUGUGAUGCAGUCCUUCCCAACCUUUACUCUACUUCAGUCACUGUUGAUCUUUGUCUCCUACAUCGUGCUGGCGGCGACCUCGGGUCAGAGCCUCGCCGGUUUGGAGACCUUCUUCCCCGGACAGACGGACUUGGCUCUGACGAACGUGCAGAGUGAAGGCUCCGGCUGCGAGGACUAUCGCUACCAGCUUUGGCGAGCGCAAAUGUGUGGCCAAUCAGGACAGCACCAGCCUCCUGGCCCCUGGAUUUCCUACCAGUUCACCCACAGUUCUUUCACACACAUGCUGGGCAAUGUUCUACUCCUUGUGAUGUGUGGAAUCAACUUGGAGGGCUUCCAUGGCACCUUUCGGGUCCUUUGGAUGUUCGAGGUGGGUGUGCUGGGUGGAGCCGGUUGCGUGUGUGUCUUCGACAGCCAUGCUCGGGUGGUGGGCAUGUCCGGCGGGGCCUAUGCCUUGUUGGGGAUGCAGCUGGGCGAUGUGAUCUUGAACUGGGAGCGGAAAUCGGCGCCCUACAGGCUUAUCUUCAUCAUCCUUUUGACCUUGAUGGAGGUGUUGCUUUACCUCCUGAAUCCCAGGGCUGAGAUCAGCUACUCUGCUCACAUGGGAGGCGCUGUGGCUGGGCUUCUCUUGGUGAAGUCCUUUGGGCGGAACCUCACGCUCCGAACCCAUGAGCUGGAGAUGCAGGUGAUUCGGAUGGCGAAGGCCUUGCUGGCUUGUUUGGUGAUUUUCUGCUUCUGCUGGGCUUUGAUCAACUGGCCACCCCAGAAUCUCCUGGAGCAGGUACCCUACUGCUGGGUGAGAGAGGUGAGUAACCAGACGCUCUUUGGGGAUGGCGGUUUUCAUUGCGUCCGUUGCCCGGACGCGGCCUGCAUCGCCCGCUGGUCCUUUCCGCGGCAGAACGACACGGCGCGGGUGAAUCCCAGGUCCUGUCCAAGCUGGGCGGCCACGGAUGGUCCCUGAGCGCGGUGUCCAGGCGGUGCCAGCAGCUCUCUCCCUGCUGGUGGUUGGGCGCGGUGUCCAGGCGGUUUCACCCCGGGGCGGUGCGGAGAGGUCUCAGGAUCCAAAGGAUCCCUUCCGGGACGAUCGGAUGCUCCGCUGCGAAGAGACGUGCGACAUGGAUCGAACGGUUGGGGGUCUGGAGUUCGAAUACAGACUGCUGGG